AUAUGGCACGCUAGACAAGGGCAGGUAUACAAGCCCAUCUGCGAACACUAUCGUUAUUAAUCUAGUUCCCCUGGACGUUUCUGUCUAGUUUGGUAUGGCCGAAGACGGAUGUGAUAAUGCGUUGGAAACUUUGGCAUGAUAUACAUUGCGAUACCAGGGGGCUAUCUCUUUCACUCGUCGUCAUGUCAUGGCGCGAUAAACCCUUGUACACAACUGGGAUCUUUAAGCCAUCGUGACUUAGCUAUGUAGUUGCCGGCCUCCUCUGAGAUCUCCUUAGUCGGCCCUGAUAUUCUCGAUAUAACACUUUAUGUAUAUAAUAAAUCCCGAAAACAUCUUCGAAAAUCUACGGCGGAGAAAGAGAAGUUCUCACCUUCCGGCCGAACAACAACAACAACAACAACAAUGGCGGACGCUUUACCUUCUCUUCCCCAUGACCAGCAGCAAGCGGCCCUAAACGGCCCUGCGCUCGCUGCGCCUAGCAAUGUUAUUCCUCAGUUUGACAACCCCCCUAAUAAUAAUAAAUUAGCCUAUGGUGUUAUCGCCGCGUGCGUCUCUGUGGCUACCAUAUGUCUCCUGAUUCGCGGGUACGCAAGGCUAUUUCUGUUUAGACAACUCAAGCCUGAGGAUUAUAUGAUAUUUGUUUCAUACGGCACCUACUUGAGCUGGACUGUCUUUUGCCUUCUACUAUCUAAGACGCCUGGUUACUUCGUGCACCAAUGGGACUUACACCUCCGAGACAUGAUCGAUUUUGUUUUUUACGUUCACUACGCCGGCGUAUUCUAUUCAAUUACUCUUCCACUUAUAAAGAUAUCGAUCCUAACGGAAUGGGUUCGCAUGCUUGUUCCUAGAGGCACGCGUAACGCCUUCCUAUAUAUCUGCUACGGAGUUAUAGCCACACAAGUGUUGGCUAUGAUCUCAAUCGUAACUGCGCUAUGUUGCGUUUGCAUCCCAUACCAGAAAAUAUGGGAUCUCACUCUUCCGGGGCAUUGUAUCAACAAAUUACACGUCGACAUAGGGGCGGCCACAGUUCACCUUUGCACUGAUAUGGUCAUCUUAUGCCUACCUCAGAAGACUAUCUGGACAUUGCAGUUAUCAUUUAGGAAGAAAUUGGGUGUCUCUAUUUUCUUUUCUUUGGGUAUAUUGGCCUGUAUUGCCGCUGCUUUCCGACUCGCCGUUACCGUGACCUAUGCAACCAAUCCGGACACGACAUACACUUUCGGACCUGUAAUUUUCUGGGCGUUCGCUGAAAUGACUUGUGCAUUUAUUAUCGCGUGCCUACCAUCCACCCCCAAGAUUCUCAAGGACCAUGGCGUCCUCCACAAGAUGAAGAGGGCGAUGAAAUCACUCGUCGGCUUGAAGAACAGCACUUUAAGAACAACGAACAAGCCGACCACAUCAUCACGCACCGAACCGAGGAGCAGUAACUAUCGGAAGAUUGACGAAUAUGGUGUACCUAUGAAGGACCUCAAUCCCUCGGAAUCUACAGAAAAACUCCGCGAAGACACUAUUAAAUUCGAUCAGGGAAUAGUUCGGACCACACGAGUCACAGUAAAGCAGGAGUAUAUAGGGGACAAGGCAGACAAGGUUGUGGACCCUAAUGCCUCCUGGCGUGAUUAGGACAGGUUAUAAUCAUGCUGGCAAUGAUUAAAAGGUUGUAACUUGGAUCAAGGAGUAUAUAUUUAGCGGGCGCGUU